CAACAUGUGAGCUUUUUGUUAAUAUCAACUCGAUUAAAUCUACACAUGCUUGCAUUUUACAUAAAUACAACGAGAAUUGAGCAACUUUAAUCAGUCCACACCUUCGCACACACCUUCCAAUUUGCCAACUUGUUGCUACAUACUCUUCGCAAAAUGAAGACAUUGUUCGGAAUUUUUGCCACUUUUGCAGCCCUGGCUGCAGUAUCAGCGUACGUUAUUUCCGGUGGCAGCAAAACGGUUGAUCCCGUCGAAUUUGUGGGAAUUUCAGGCUCCAAAAUUUACCUGAGAGCUCAAAGCGAGAGUGGAGUGGAUUUUCCCCAAUAUGUCGACUUCUGUCAAAGGAACGGUUUAAGAACUGCGAGCAUUUUAUCCGCCGCGGAACACGAAGUGGUCCGCGCAUACAUCAAUGCAAAUAAUUUCCGAAAUAUGUGGAUCGGAGCCUGGGACAUAAACCACGAAGGGAAUUACACCUGGAUAGAGACGGCAAGAGAGCUGGAGUACUCGGACUGGGGGCGCGACGUUGUUGGCAAAACCCGACCCAGUUACAAUUGCGCUUUUAUCGGAUCGAGAUCCAACGGGGCUAAAUUCUACGACUCGCCCUGCACUUCCUGGUUUGUGCCGCUUUGUGAGGCGAAGUUAGUGGUGUAAAAUGCAAUAAGGAACAAUUUUUGUGGCACGAAUUAUAUUCAUAUCUCACUUCAAAAUGUUGAAAAUAAAUAUUUGUUCAUUAUUCA